AUGAAUAGAUCUGUAUCUCUAAAUAUAUUCCAACCCCCAAAUCAGACGGGAGCCAAAUGGUUCGGAAAAAUAUUGCAAGCUAACGAUGAAUACCACUUAAAGCAGUUCAAGGCUCGCUUGGGUACACGCUGGGAAGGCGUGGAACGACGAAAAUCUGCUCGACCGACCAUACGACACGAAGUGUCUGACGACGAUCUACCGAGUUCUUUUGAUUCGCGCGAAGUAUGGUCAUACUGUCCCACAAUAAAUCAAAUUCGUGACCAGUCCAGUUGUGGAUCAUGUUGGGCUUUUGGAGCGGCUGAAGCGAUCAGUGAUCGUAUUUGCAUUCAUUCAUGCGCGUUUGUGCAAGUGGAAAUUAGCGCGCUAGACCUCCUAGCUUGUUGCAGUGAUUGCGGUGACGGAUGUUACGGUGGAUGGCCCGGUCUGGCAUGGGACCACUGGAAAAACAACGGUCUGGUUUCUGGUGGUUCGAAAGAAAAUCCAAAUGGAUGCCGAAACUAUCCGUUUCCCUCUUGUAAACAUCGUGGUAAGGGUGAUAAAAAACCUUGUCCAUCGGAAUUAUACCGAACACCGCAAUGCGAAUCUGAAUGUGACACGGGUUAUAACGGAACAUAUUUCGAUGACCUUCAUUACGGUUAUAGUUCGUACAAUGUGCCCUCUGAUGAGAAGCAGAUUAUGGCUGAAAUCAUGCUCAACGGACCUGUAGAAGCGUCUUUCGAAGUAUAUGAGGAUUUCAGAACAUACGACCACGGUAUCUAUUUUCAUAGCUGGGGUAAAUCUGUUGGUGGUCACGCAAUCAAAAUGAUCGGCUGGGGUGAGGAAAAUGGUGUACCCUACUGGAUCCUGGCCAACUCGUGGAAUGAGCAGUGGGGUGAGAAAGGAUUUUUCCGCAUCCUUCGUGGGAACAAUGAGUGUGGAAUUGAGUCCGAAGUGGNUAUACCUAAAGAAAACAUGAAAUCCAACCAUGGCUGCUGA